UUUCAAUGAGCAGAGGUGUGUGAGUUUCAAUGACAUCCAAACUUUUUCAAUCCACCAUCCUUCACCAAGAAAUGGAUCUACGAAAUUUGUAUUUUGAUGAGGUAUUUAGUAUUCAGGAUCAUGACCAGCGGACUGGCAGGGCCAAAUGGAGCUACUCCAUACCCGACGACCCUGAGGCAAACCUGGGAGGCACCUCCAGAGUCCCCGACCACCUCCAGGCUGGCUUCCUCUACCGUGUCUCCGUCCACCAGGACCUGACUGAGGGACCAGACGACCAGGGCUUCCAGGGCUACCAAUGUGGCCUGUGUCGGUUGCCCCUCCCCAGCCUUGCUUCCCUCCAGGCCCACCUCUUGGUCAGCUGGACCCACAGCACAGGCUGUAACCGCCUCUACAGUGACAUGAUCAGGCUGUGUCCGUCUCCUCCUCCUCCAUUGGUGUAUGUAUCUGAGGAGCCAUCGCCAUCUUCCCCCAUCCAGAUCCACAAUAACCAGCAGGACCAGGAGGCUGAUAGGGCCCGUCGUCUCUACGCCGUUAUCAAUGACCUUGAGGUGAAACUGGGAUCGCGGCGAGGCAGAUGCACUGACCACCUCCAGGCAGACUUCGUCCGCUAUGUCUCCAGCCAGGCCUCCAAUAAUGGUCCAGGCUACCACCGGGGCUACCAGGGCUCUGAGGGCUACCAGUGUGCCCUGUGUCAGCUGCCCUUCCCCAGCCUGGCCUACCUCCAGGCCCACCUUCUAGACAGCUGGGGAAGCUAG